AUGGAAGGAGUUCCGGCCAAUGAAGGUUCUAGACGGGGCGGUAGGCAGAAUCGAUACCCGCCUUUCCCCCCGCCCUCCGGGGUCAAUGUCUUCGGGUUCGACUGGUUCAAUUCCUCACUCAGCACACAAGAUGUGGUUGAAAAAUUCAAGGCAAACAUCAUGGAGUUAUCAACCCCUGUAGCAUUUUACACGCCGCUACAGGAUGCUGAGCGAGAGAGAGUCCGCGACCUGUUAAGGUACUACUCCUCAUUCAGUACUCCAGCUGACUCGCAAGUUGCGGACCCCGAUGCUCCUACGGGAGAUGAACAACCUUUAGCCGCUGGCCUCCCCUCAGACAUCACCCUCGCCGCCCUAUCGCAACUGGGUGUCUUCCGGACGGGUUCGAAUCGAUGCUUUGUUUCGAUCAUCGACGGUCAAAAUCAGUUUAUCAUUUCCGAAACCACAAAGUCGGUCUCGUUGCGAAAUAAGGAUAAGCAUCUCCCGAACGAUGGCGUUUAUCUCGGAGUCAGGACUCUAGAUUUGGUGUGGGGGGUGUGCCCUCAUACCAUCAAGCUUUUCACCUCAAAGGAUUCUUCGGGCAACAUCGACACUGAUAAUGUAACGGCAAACCGAUCCCGCUAUGUUAUUCGCGAUUUUACAAAGGAGGACUGCUUUAAGGAUCGCCCCUACGUUCGCGACUGGCCGCAUAUGCGGUUCUAUGCUGAAGUUCCGCUGGUUAGCGCCGCUGGAUACGUGCUCGGCUCAUAUUGCAUUGUCGAUGACAAGCCACGGACUCACUUUGAUGACGAUGAAGUUGCUGUUUUGCAGGAAGUGUCGGAUGCGAUCGCGGCACAUCUGGAGAACGUCCGGCUUGUUCAUUGCCAGCGCCGGGCAGAAUCUCUCAUGAAGGGACUGACCAGUUUCGUGGAUGAGAAUCCUACAUUUGAACCCACCGAGGCUUCGAAAGAUGGCCACCUUGUACCAUCUUCCCUGGAUCUACCAGGUCAGAAAUCGAAUAGAGUCAGUGGUAGCGAGGUCGAGUUUUUCAGCGCACACUCAGGCGAGCAAAGUGCUUACGAUGUCUCAAUCUUGGGGAAAUCGUCUUCAACGACCGCGCCAACAUCGUCGCCAUUGUUCUCCCAAGACCCGUCGUCCCUUAAUUCGACUUUGUCAGAUCAGCCAACCAUUAUGAGCUCUGGGGAGGAAAAAUCACUUGACGAUGGUUUGAGGACUCAUACGGUCGACGCGUUUGAGGCGGGGGGCAUGAGCUCUUCACAAAUGCCCCUAAUGGACAGUGUUCCUAUCUCCGAACGGAUUACGAUGAUAUUCGCUCGGGCUAGUGUGUUGCUCAGAGAAUCUAUGGAUCUGGGUGGCGUCGUCUUCCUCGACGCAACUCGCAAAACUUCUUCCCUGUCGCUCCGAGAUCCUCAAAGCUGGAAAUCGCUGUCAAAACCGUUGGACGGUGGGGUUCAAGUUGCUCCGCCCAGUCCUUUCGAGCUAGCAGAACCCGAAAAACCCUGUGGUAUUUUAAGCCAUGCUUUAAAAACACCACCAAAUGCUCAUCAGGCAGUCUGUGAAAUCAGUGUGCCUGAAAAGCUGUUAAACGAGUUAAUGAUAGCUUUCCCUCGGGGCCACAUCUUCAGCUUUGAAGAUAAAGUCGGUGAUGACUAUCUGUCUCCCGGAAGUGGCCAGGCAGCCGAUGCUGCAAUGCAGAUCAUCUCGGAUCAGCUCGCUCGGCAUAUCCCAGUGGCUGGCUCCGUUAUCUUCCUACCUCUGUGGGAUUGGAACAGGUCCUGUUGGCUUGCUGGAACACUGAUUUGGACGGACAAAAGCCAUCGCACUUUGGGCUUGGAAGAAUUGCUGUUCUUUAGGGUUUUUGGGGAUUCCAUCAUUUCUGAAAUCUCUCGGCUUCACUGGACGACCACUGAGAAGUCGAAGUUCGAUUUCAUAACCUCGAUCAACCAUGAGCUUCGCUCUCCAUUGCACGGUAUCCUGGCAAGCACCGAACUGCUACGUGCCACUAAACUUCUACCUUCGCAAGAGGACAUAGUGAAGAUGAUCGAAAUGUCCGGGAGAAACUUGUUGGACACAACCGAUCACCUAUUGGACUUUUGCAAAAUCAACAAUUCGACCCUUGUGAGAAAGCUGAGCCCAUCCCAUGCUUUUGUCGACAACUCUGGCUUGGCUUCUGAUUUUGAUCUUGGUAACUUGGUUGAAGAGGUCGCAAACAUCCUAUAUACUGGCCAGAGCGCGGCUGGAAGAGACGCCGACAUUGGUCAGAGAUCGUCACCCAGCGUUUCGGGUGAUGGAUCAGCGCGGCAAGUUGUCAGCCAGAUGGACAAAAUGUCCGUCGUCAUCCGCAUUGAACAAUCCCAUAAUUGGAAAGUUCAUUCCGUGGCCGGUGCCUGGAGAAGGAUCGUAAUGAAUCUCCUCGGGAAUGCUAUGAAGUGGACUAAACGGGGCCUUGUUGAGAUCUCUUUAUCCAAGGCAAGGCAUCACUCCAAUCCCAAAUCUCUUCUCGCCCAUCUCUCCGUCACAGAUACCGGCAGUGGAAUAGCGCCUGAUUUCCUCAAACACAAUCUCUUCACUCCAUUUUCUCAAGAAGAUUCACUCUCAGAGGGCCUCGGGCUUGGCCUUAGCAUUGUGCGCCAAUUGGUAGCAUCCCUCGGAGGCUACGUCACUUUGAAAAGUGAGCAGAACAUUGGAACACGGGCCGAUGUUUACAUCCCAAUUCAGUAUCUCGAAGCCGGUCCUUGCCAUUUAUCCGGUGACCCCUCUCCCUCUGACGCACAAAAUCCCACCACCCCUAUCCAGGCCUGCCUCGUCGGCCUCAACGCAUAUCCAGACCUGCAGGAAACUCCAACGGGGAUUCUUUCCGCGGAAGAAAAACGAAAACUGUCUAUUCAGAGCACUCUUGCUGAUGUUUUCAAGACACAUCUCGGAUGGAGCACUUCAAUGACCGAAGAUCUUGAGAUGGGGCGAGGUGAUAUAGUGGUUGUUGAGGAAGAGACUCUUGUCUCUAUGCCCAACAUCGCUCCUGAAUAUGGUAUCAAGUUCUUCAUCAUUCUCUGCGGCAAGGUAUCCAUUCUUGGUGAUAACCUCCCCGGGAAUGCUAUCUCAGUCUCCCAACCGUUUGGACCUCGAAAUAUUCGUCGAGCCGCUGAAAGGAUCUUAAAGUUGCAUGCGGAACAGCUAGAAAGCCUUCCUGCUACUUCUCUGCCAGCUAUUACUCCAACUGUACUCUCUCAGCAGUCUGUACCAGAACUGCAUCCGAAAGCCGCCCCAGUUGAAGUCAAAGGCGAGCCUCAGGGAGACUCACCUGAUAUAACAAGUUCCAGUGUAUUCCCCCUUCGGCCAGCAAGGCAACAAGAUGCAGUACAUGUUCUCAUCGUGGAUGACAAUGAAAUUAAUCUCAAAAUUAUGGCGACAUUCUUGCGAAAAACCAGUUGCAACUUUGUAACAGCGUCGAACGGACUUAUUGCAUUUGAGAAAUACGUAAAUUCAAGCCAGAAGUUCGAUUUCGUCUUAAUGGGUAUGCUUGAUCUUGAUCCUUCUUUCCUCGUCCCCCUCUCCCCCAAAGCCCAUGAUGCAUGGUUUAACCAUAUCUUUUUAGAUCUAUCUAUGCCUGUCAUGGAUGGACUGGUUUCAACAAGCAAGAUUCGCCAAUACGAGAAAGAGGCCGGGAUCAAACCAUCCUGCAUCAUGGCCGUUACUGGCGUUGCCUCGGCUCCUAUGAAACAACAAGCCCUGGACGUUGGGAUGGACGACUACCUGAUCAAACCACUUUCCCUUCGUCAGCUGAAAACGCUUAUGAAUAUUACGUGA